AUGGAGCUGUAUGGUUGCUCAGCAGGUAUGAUUGUUGUCUUACAUGAACUUAUUUGGCACUGAAAAAUGGAUAGAUGAAAUACAUGUUUUGAUUAUAACCAGUAUAAUGCUGAAAUGGAUAUAACAAGAAACUGUAGAUUGUUAGAUACUACAUUAUGAGAUGCGUAGAACAUUUCUGCUUGAUCCAAAUUUUGUCUAAUUUUUAAUUUUUGCUAGAACUGUAUGUACCUACCCUCAAACUUACCUACCUACCUCAGUACAUAAACACAUACACAUAAACUGUUCUUUUACCUUCUUUAUUUCUGUAAAGAAUGUUCGGCACCUCUUGGUUUGAAGAGUGGACGCAUUAAAGACGCUCAGGUCACUGCAUCUUCAGAAUGGGAUAGAAAUCAUGCAGCAAUUCAGGGAAGAUUGAACUUCAAGGCUGGUGGUGGCAAGCAAGGAGGAUGGUCAGCAGGGAAGAAUAAUGGAAAUCAAUGGAUACAGGUGGCUCUUGGCAGUUACACCAAAUUAACAAGUAUAGCAACACAGGGAAGGAAUGCUCACAGCCAGUGGGUAACAGCAUACAAACUGCAGUACAGUGAAGAUGGAGUGAACUUUUACUACUAUAAAGUACCAGGACAGAGUUCACCUAAGGUAAAUGUAGAAGCAGUUACUUGGUUUAAAACUGUUAAAAACAUAUCUGUAUGUCUGCACAGUAUAGACUGAGGUAACAGUUAUAAUAUGUUGCAAGUAUUUCAUAAUUAAGUCAUCUGCAAAUACCAAGGAGCUAAGCCCCUGAUCAUGCAUUCUACUAUGGAAAAAGUUGAUUAUGCCACAUAUCUAGCCUGGCAUUCAAAGUUUGAGUUUCUUGAUUAUCUCUUGCAUAUUUACAGCUAGUGCAAUCAACAUGUUAUAAUUUUAAAUGUAAGUCUAAACUACCUUUUAAAAUGGCAUGACUGUGGCAACUGAUUAUUAAUUUUACUUGUAUGUAUUUGUAGGUAUUCAAAGGAAAUGAAGACAGAGACAACAUUGUUUAUCACCAGUUAAACCCACCCAUCAAAGCUCGCUACAUCAAACUUCGACUAACAGCAUGGUAUGGUCAUAUAUCACUAAGGAUGGAGCUGUAUGGUUGCUCAGCAGGUAUAAUUGUUGUCUUACAUGAACUUAUUUGGCACUGAAAAAUGGAAGGGUGAAACACAUGUUUUGAUUAUAGCCAGUAUAAUGCUAAAAUGGAUAUAACAAGAAACUGUAGAUUGUUAGAUGCUACAUAUGACAUACAGUCUAAAGAAUUUCUGCUUAAUCCAAAUUUUGGGUAACUUUUUAAUUUUUACUAGAACUGUAUAUACCUACCCUCAAACAUACCUACAUACCUCAGUACAUAAACACAUACACAUAAACUGUUCUUUUACCUUUUGUAAUUCUGUAAAGAAUGUUUGGCACCUCUUGGUUUGGAGAGUGGACGCAUUGAAGACGCUUAG